AUGAGUUCUUCGGAGAAUCAAGAAACCCCAAAUGGAAGACUUAACAACACUUUUCGUCAUUCUUCACCCUCUUCUUCUAAUGAUGGAUGGAAAAAACGAAUCCUUAUUCCAACCCUACUUGCAGGGGUUGCUGGUGCUGGAACUGGAUUGAUAUCAAAACAUCGAAAAAGUCUUGGUCUUGCUAACGUUUCUGCCAGUUAUGCCACUAAUUUUGCCAUCAUCACCGGUUGCUAUUGCGGGGCACGUGAAUUUGUGAUUGCAACUAGGAAAACUGGACCUGAAGAUCUAUGGAGCUCUGGGAUAGCGGGAUUUGGUUCUGGUGCUCUUCUAGGGCGUUUCUAUGGUGGUCAAUUUGGAGCAGUUCGUUAUUCUGUCAUUUUUGCUGUUGUGGGGACAACAGCGGAUUACACUAUUCUGAAAUUAAAAGAUGUUUGGAGAGAUUAUAGUACAACAACAUAUCAAAAUUUUGAGAAUGCAAAGAAGAAUGAAAAUUUGUUAAGAUUGCCAGAGUGGUUUCCUAUUAAAAUACUUGACGAGGAAGCACUUGCUGCAAAACGAGCACAGGAAGAGCAGUUUCUUGCACAGAGGGAAAGGAUUCGUAGCCUAAGGGAGAAUGGAGAUUCAUGA